AAGGGCCGAUUGAUACUCAAGGAAGGACUACGAAUCCCAGCAAGCAGUUCGCGACACGAGGGCGCAGAAGGAGGAGGAGCUCGGAGCCGUCGGGCCCUGCGGAACCAGGGCAGCCGGGAGUGCCCCGAGUCACGUCACACAGAUCCCCCCGACGGGUGCCAGGUGUCAGCCUCUGCUUUGUCCUCAGCCUGCCUCCUCCGUCACCACUGCGGGCUUUGGUGCCUGGAGCUUCCUCCCCACUCUUGACCGAGUGCUUCGGCUUCUCCGGCAGCAGCCCCCGGCAUAGCCUGCCAUGGGGAAGCAUUACUUCUGUGACUACUGCAACCGCUCCUUCCAGGACAACCUCCACAACCGCAAGAAGCACCUGAAUGGGCUGCAGCACCUCAAGGCCAAGAAGGUCUGGUAUGACAUGUUUCGAGAUGCGGCUGCCAUUUUACUAGAUGAACAGAACAAGAGGCCUUGUAGGAAGUUUCUACUGACAGGCCAGUGUGACUUCGGCUCCAACUGCAGGUUUUCCCACAUGUCAGAGAGAGACCUCCAGGAGCUGAGCAUCCAGGUGGAGGAGGAGAGGCGGGCCAGGGAAUGGCCACUAGAUGUCGUCGAGCUCCCUGAGGCCCGUCUGGAAGACUGGUUGGAAAAGAGAGCCAAGCGGCUGAGCUCAGCUCCAAGCAGCAGGGCCGAACCCAUGAGAACCACCAUCUUCCAGUACCCCAUAGGCUGGCCGCCAGUCCAGGAGCUGCCUCCAUCCCUGCGGGCACCCCCAUCCGGGGGGUGGCCCCUGCAGCCCAGCGUCCAGUGGGGCUGAGCCUCUCAUCCCCACCUGAUACCCCUCCGGUCAGCUUUGGUGUCAGUCACGAUACAGAUAAGGGCUCCUCCUGGGGACACGGGGGCCCCGCCCGCUGCCUCCUGAAGCCAUCGGUCCUAGCCCCAGUCCUAGCUUUGCUCUAGGCAGUUACACCUCCUGCCCUCAUGGGACAUCCUGAGAAGAUGGAUGAGAAAACUUCCUUCUGGGUGUUUAUAAAGAAAGUCUGUCACCAUG